AGAUGAGAGCGGCAAUUACGGGUUCGAAAGAAGUGACAUGUACGAAAGCAAACUUGCCGGAAGUGUUGAACAGUACGAACGACACUUGUUCCUUUGCUACAAAUCUCAUGAGUUGUGGCCUACACGCGUCGAGGAAUCUGAUGCCGAUCCUCUCCCUAAGCUUCUUGCCUCUGCCCUAAAAGCUCGUAAAGACGACAUUAAACUCAAGACUCGUUUGACCAUAUGCGAGGCAGGCGACAAUGGGAAGUUGUCCGAUGGAGACGUACUGAUUUUUCCCGAAAUGAUUCUAUACAGGGGCUUAAUAGAGUCCGAAGUCGAUAGCUUUGUUGAGGAUGUGCUUGUAAAUGAAAAGGCUAAGUUGUCUGGAAAGAUCGAAAAAUUGAGUGGCUCAUACGUAUUUGUCUGUUGUCAUAACAAUCGAGACCGAAGAUGUGGGGUUUGUGGCCCGAUUUUGAUUGAGAAGUUUAAGGAAGAGAUUGAAUCCAAAGAUUUGAAGAAGCAUAUAUCUGUGACUGCUUGCUCACAUGUAGGAGGGCACAAGUAUGCUGGCAAUGUGAUCAUCUUUAGUGCAACUCCUCAUGGAAAAAUUGCUGGUAACUGGUACGGGUAUGUUACACCUGGCGACAUUCAUGAAUUGCUUGAUAAACAAAUUGGGCGGGGGGAAGCCAUUGAUCGGAUUUGGAGGUGUGCUUUCUUUCUUCAUCUUCCUUUUCUUAAUAUCAUGAAAAAUGAAUAUUUUAUGCAUAUCAUGAUUAUAUACAGGGGCCAAAUGGGUGCUAAUGUGAAAAGAGUUGAGGAACCGAAUCAUACUAAUGGAACAAAUGUGAAGAGCAGCGAGAAACAACCCGAAGAGAUUGUUGCUGCUUCGGCAAGUAAUGGUGGAGGGUGUUGCAGAGGUGUUACUGGAUUUUCAUGCUGCAGAGACGAGAAUGUUGAGAAGAAACCAGUUAAAAAAGGACUCUUUUCGUGGAUAGGGAAUGUUGAGCGACGCCACGUUAUCACUACUGUUGCAGUGGUGGGUGCAGUUGCUGCAGCUGUUGUGGCUUAUGGUGCGUACUGAACUCUACUAUGGCGACCACUGUGCGCGAAAAAAAUGGAAUACACUAGAUAAUCGAGUUAUUUGAGAUUUUGAUAUACUAUUGAUUGGGUUUGUAUAAUCAUUUUUUGUUUGAUCUUAUAUUCUUGUAUGUGUGUAUUUAUUACUUCCUUGGUUGCAUGAUUUACGAAUAAAUAAGUUGUAACGGGAAUCCCUUUAUUGUGGAUAUAUUCUACCUAUUAAAAGGUCGUGCAACAAAGUUUUUUAUGUAUUUUUUGAAUUGAUGUUUGUGUGCUACUUUGACAUUAUUAAUCCGUAAAUGUGGUUUUAAUAUUUUUGAUAUGAUAGUGUUUUAUUUUUGUGUACAAUAGCUGAUAGUACAGGUUAAAUUUGCUAAUUGAAAAUAAUAAAACUAAACCAAAUUUAAUAUUAAAAAACUAAAAACUUUCAGACUUACUCACACUCGUCGCAAACAUAAUCGACACUUGGGACAAAUCACAUUACAAAAUCGUCGCAACAUUGACGAGUGGCUUGCGACGAAAAUGUUUUUUAGUCACCAAAAUAUUCAAAGCAGUUGUGACGAAAAUAUUCCAAACGAUGAUAUAGUUUGCGACAAAACCAAUUAUUGCCGCUAAAUGUUUGCAACUUAUUGUGUAUUCAUCGCGAGUAAUUUGCGCCAAAAUAAUGCAAUCCCUCGCGAGUAAU